AUGUUUGCUGCUUCUGCUCGAAGCCGUCUCUCCUCCACCUUGUCAAGGCCCCGGCUCCCUCCGACACAACUGCUUGCCCGCUCGACACUCGCUAUGGCUCCCCGACGAAAGGCAUCUUCAAUCCCUGAGGGAUACAAAGAGAAUCUUUCCAAAGGCAAGAUGCUCCGCUUUGAGGAGUCCUUGCCCAAACUCCCCGUGCCGUCUCUGGAGGAGACCGGUCGCCGCUACCUGAAGUCCGUCCACCCCCUCGUCUCCGAAGCGGAGUUUGAGCGUACCAAAACUGCUGUGGAAGCUUUUAUUCGCCCUGGUGGUGAGGGUGAGCCUCUCCAAAAGCGCUUGCUAGAGCGCGCUGCAAACCCCAAGAUCAACAACUGGAUCGCCGAAUGGUGGAACGACGCCGCCUAUCUAGCCUACCGGGACCCUGUCAUUCCUUACGUCUCCUACUUCUACUCCUACAAGGAUGACCGUGAGCGUCGCAACCCGGCUAAGCGCGCGGCCGCCAUCACCUCUGCAGCUCUGGAGUUCAAGAAGGAGGUCGAUGCGGGCACGCUCGAGCCUGAGUACAUGCGCGGUCAGCCCAUGGCCAUGAGCUCUUACGAGUACAUGUUCAAUUGCUGCCGUAUCCCCGCCGACCCCGCAGACUACCCGAAGAAGUACUCUGCCGCGGAGAACCAGCAUAUUGUCGUCGUGCGCAAGAACCAGUUCUUCAAGGUGCCGCUGGUCGUUGACGGCCAGGCCCUGAACGUGUCCGAGCUGGAGCAGCAGUUCCAGCACAUCAUCGACACUGCCCAGCCUGCCCCGCCGGUCGGUGUGCUGACUGUGGCUGACCGUGAUCACUGGACUGCUGCCCGCAAGAAGCUUAUCGCUGCCGACCCGGCCAACGAGCAGGCCUUGCAGUCCAUUGAGUCUGCCGGUUUCGUCGUCUGCUUGGACGAUGCCAAGCCUGUGACUCUGGAGGAGCGUGCACACCAGUACUGGCACGGUGAUGGUACCAACCGCUGGUUCGACAAGCCCCUGCAGUUUAUUAUCAACGACAACGGUACCGCUGGCUUUAUGGGCGAGCACAGCAUGAUGGAUGGCACCCCUACCCACCGUCUGAACGACCACGUCAACAACCUCAUCUUCAACAAACAUAUCGACCUCUCGGCCAAGAGCGUACGUUCACAUCUCGCCGACCCCAAGCCCAUCACCUUCAAACUAAAUGACGAGGCCAACGAGGCCAUCGACAUUGCGGCUCAGUACCACCGCAAGCAGAUCGCCUCCCACGAGCUGGUUGUUCAAGCCUUCCAGGGCUACGGCAAGGGUCUGAUCAAGAAGUUCAAGUGCAGCCCCGACGCCUACGUCCAGAUGGUCAUCCAACUCGCCUACUUCAAAAUGUACGGCAAGAACCGUCCUACCUACGAGUCCGCCUCCACCCGUAAGUUCCAGGAGGGCCGCACAGAGACCACCCGUAGUGUCUCCGACGAAAGUGUUGCCUUCUGCAAGGCUUUCCACGAUCACACCGUUCCCCGCGAGGAAGUCGUCAAGCUCUUCCGCGCCGCCCUGUCCCAGCACACCAAGUACACCCUCGAUGCCAGCGACGGCCGCGGUGUCGACCGCCACCUAUUCGGUCUCAAGAAGCUCCUCCAGCCUGGUGAGAAGCUUCCCGCUCUUUACGAGGAUCCCGCCUACGCCUACUCCGGCUCUUGGUUCAUUUCUUCCUCCCAGCUGAGCUCGGAAUACUUCAACGGAUACGGAUGGAGUCAGGUUAUCGAUGAUGGAUUCGGUAUUGCCUACAUGAUCAACGAGAAUAGUCUCAACUUCAACAUCGUCUGCAAACGUCUUGGCGCUCACCGUAUGAGCUACUUCUUAAAUGAGGCUGCUACCGAGCUUCGUGAUGUGCUUAUGCCUGACCUGGCUGCCCAGCCUGAGAAGGCUAAGCUGUAG